CUCCAGCACCAAAAACACUCUCCAACUUUACACCAUCUGCCCACCCCACUACUGUGUGCUCUUUUACUGCGUGUUUCUUGGGGUCACUGUGUGUAACUUUGAUAAUGGCAAAAUCUCCAGAGCAAGAGCAUCCAGUAAACUCCUUUGGAUGGGCUGCAAAAGACCCAUCUGGGCUGCUCUCCCCUUUCCGUUUCUCCAGAAGGGCUACUGGUGAUGAGGAUGUGCAGUUCAAAGUGUUGUUUUGUGGGAUCUGCCACUCUGAUCUUCACAGUAUCAAGAAUGAAUGGGGCUUCUCUCAGUAUCCUCUUGUUCCAGGGCAUGAGAUUGUUGGAGUGGUGACAGAGGUAGGGAGCAAGGUUCGGAAUUUCAAAGUAGGGGAUCGAGUAGGUGUAGGAUGCAUGGUCGGUUCAUGCCGUUCGUGCGAAAACUGUGCAAAUGAUCUAGAGAACUAUUGUCCCAAUAUAAUGCUCACUUACAACUCAAUUUACUAUGAUGGGACAACCACAUACGGUGGUUAUUCCGAUAUAAUGGUUGCUAAUGAGCAUUUCGUUGUACAUAUCCCUGACAACUUGCCUUUGGAUGCUGCUGCUCCUCUUCUAUGUGCAGGAAUCACAACCUACAGCCCAUUAAAAUAUUUUGGAUUCGACAAACCUGGCAUGCAUGUUGGUGUUGUAGGUUUAGGCGGGCUAGGUCAUGUUGCAGUGAAAUUUGCAAAGGCUUUCGGGGUUAAGGUCACCGUUAUUAGCACAUCUCCGGACAAGAAAGAGGAAGCGCUUACACAAUUUGGUGCCGAUUCAUUUUUGAUAAGCAAAGAUCCAGAUCAGAUGCAGGCUGCUAUGGGAACGAUGGAUGGUAUUCUUGACACUGUGUCAGCUGUUCACCCCCUGGUGCCACUGAUCGGCCUUCUGAAGACUAAUGGAAAGCUUAUCAUGCUCGGUGCACCAGAUCGGCCGCUUGAGCUGCCUGUUUUUCCACUCCUUGCAGGAAGAAAGAUUAUAGCUGGGAGUGGGAUCGGUGGGAUGAAAGAGACACAGGAAAUGAUUGAUUUUGCAGCCAAGCACAAUAUUACAGCAGACAUCGAAGUUAUUUCAGCUGAUUAUCUCAAUACGGCUAUGGAGCGUCUAGCCAAAGCUGAUGUCAAGUACCGGUUCGUUAUCGACAUUGGCAACACACUGAGGGCUUCAUGAGCUGAAAAUUUUGUCAAUCAGGCAUCUCACUUGUUUGUGUUGGAUUGAGGAAAAUGAUCUACUUUCUUGUUUCUCCUAUGUUUAGUUAUACUUCGCCAAUUAUGAAUGUGGGUUGCCCAUUUUCAGAGGAUUCUAGCAAUAAUUUCACCAUUUUAAAGGUGAGAAUUUGUGGUUUCCCAUAUUACAGUAAUAAAAGACCACUUCUUUCUA